AGUUGUUAGCUUCUUUUAAAGCACUCAAUGGAUGUAACGUCAAAUUAACUACAAAUAAACCUUUGGAAACCAAGGUAUGUUAUGUUAUAUGUCCAAAGUUUCGAGAAAAAACGUGUGCAUUACUGACGUUUCCGAUCUCAAAGCAAAGCCCCUUGUCAAAGUCCACGUCUCCGCCAUUAGGUGUCGCUGCCCGCGCGGUCGGGACCUCGGUAGCGCAGCACGGACUGGUCCAAACGGAUUCAGAAGCGUCCGGUGCAAACUGCAGCACGUGCGGAAUAAAAGCGAGUGAGACGGAGAGGGCGAAAGAGGGGGACGGGUGAAGAGCACGGAGCGACAUCCCAGAGGCUGGCAGCGGCCACGCAAGAUCGUGUUUUGGAGAGGAUUUUGGACGCGCCGGGGGAUAUCUGAAUGGGUAAAUCCUACGGAGGGAAACAGCAGCGGCGAAGGGGCAUCAGACAUGACUCCGAGGUGGUGGGCUGAAGACGAUGCUGGAUGCCAUGGAGGUUCCAAGUCAUGCUAGGCACCUGCUCUUGCAGCUGAACACCCAGCGCACCAAAGGAUUCCUGUGCGAUGUCAUCAUAGUGGUGCAGAAUGCCUUGUUCCGUGCCCACAAGAACAUUCUGGCUGCCAGCAGCCUUUACCUGAAGUCCCUCGUAGUCCACGACAACCUCAUCAACCUGGACCAUGAGAUGGUGAGUCCAGGUGUCUUCCGAGUCAUUCUUGACUACAUCUACACGGGACGAUUAAGCGAAGGUGACCCCACCUGUCCCACGGAGCCCAAUAUCGGGGCAGUGCUGGCAGCCGCCAGCUAUUUGCAGCUGCUGGACUUGGUGGCUCUGUGCAAGAAAAAGCUGAAGAGAAAUGGCAAAUAUCACCCCAUGCCCCGAUUUCUGCCCAGUAAGAUUAGCCCCAGUGGGAUGGGGGGCCGGCUGCGGGUGUCCACUCCCGUAAUCCAACCUUGCUUCCCUGGUGGGGUGAUGGGCAGCCAUGCGCUGCGUGGCCCACCGUUGGAGGAUCAAGCCCCUCACCCCAUCUAUGCCCCCACGCAGGGCCCGGGGCCGUACCCUUCAGCGCAGGUGGCUCUGCCCCCACAGCCAGGCCUGCGCAUGACCAACGACAGGAACUGCUCACCCAUCUAUGGCCUGGACCUCUCCAAGAAGAGCCCCAGUUCGCAGUCCCAGCAGCACCCCAGUCACCCUCAUUUGAGCCACCCCACCGACGAGGAGCCCGAAGGGGAGCUGAGCCGUCGCGCGAGCCCCCUGCUCAGCCCGAGUGAAGGCCCCGGGAAGAUGGAGGCUGUGCAAGGUGCCGGGUCUCUCACGCCGCACUCAUUUCCCCUCCUCAGCCAGCCACUCGCCCCCCACCUCCCCCACCUGCAGCGCUCCAGCUCCCAGGGCCAGGAGCCGUACCCCUGCCCGCCGAGCCCGGAGCCCCCCGAGGAGGCAGGGGAGCGCGGCAGGGAUGGCCCCAGCAUCUACCGCUGGGUGAAGAACGAGCCCCUCCUCUGCAGCGUGGACGACGAAGACGAGGAGGACGAGGACGAAAUCGGAGGUAUGGGGGAGCAAGAUAAGGAGGCCCACCAUCAGCACAUGAACCACCACAAGAAUGGCGAGGAAAAGCUGACCCUGAGCGAGGGAAGCUACGGUCGUGGGGUGGCCUGCGAUGGAGAGGACGAGAACGGCACGGGGAGCGAGGAGACCGGCAGCAGCGAGGGCCGACCGUCGCCCCCUGGACCCCGCGGAAGAUACCACAUGCCUUACGAGCCAGAGAGCUUCGGGGACAACCUGUAUGUGUGCAUUCCCUGCGACAAGGGCUUCCCCAGCUCGGAGCAGCUCAACGCACACGUGGAGACCCACGCGGAGGAGGAGCUGAACCACGGGGCAGAGGUGGACAGCGGCAACGGCACGGGAAAACCCGCCGGCGCCAGCAACGGCCCCGCCGGCCUGACCAACGCCGGCAGCCUCCACAGCCCCUUCAUGGAAAGUAAAGUGGGCCAGAACCUGCACGCGAUGGGCAUCGGCGAGAUGAUCCGCCCGUACCGCUGCUCGUCCUGCGACAAGACGUACAAGGACCCGGCAACCCUGCGGCAGCACGAGAAGACCCACUGGCUGACACGCCCGUACCCGUGCAGCAUCUGUGGCAAAAAGUUCACGCAGCGCGGCACCAUGACGCGCCACAUGCGCAGCCACCUGGGCCUGAAGCCCUUCGCCUGUGACGCUUGCGGCAUGCGCUUCACGCGCCAGUACCGCCUCACCGAGCACAUGCGCAUCCACUCGGGCGAGAAGCCCUACGAGUGCCAGGUGUGCGGCGGCAAGUUCGCCCAGCAGCGCAACCUCAUCAGCCACAUGAAGAUGCACAGCAGUGCUGGCAGUGCCGGUGGGCUGGUGGCCGACGGAAAGCUGAAGAUGGACUUCGCCGAGGGCAUCUACCCGCUGAGCAAGUACGCGGCCGAGCAUCUGGGCCUGAAGCAGGAGAAGGCAUCCGAACUGCUGGCGCAGGCCUCGCAGCACCUGCUGGCCGAUGCCAAGGCCAUGGAGAGCCUCUACCCGCUGAGCAAGCUGACCGCCGAGCACCUGGGCCUCGCCCACGACAAGAUGGACAUCCUGCCCAUGCCGGCCACUCCCCAGCAGCUCCACGCCGAGGCCCGCACCAUUGACCGCUACUCCCCCAGCUAGAGCGCCGGACCCCGACCGUGCCUUUCGGACGCCGAGCCCGGCUAUGACGUGUACCCCUAUUCCGCCCGCAGUGUCUCCACUCCCACCUCAGCGUUGUUUGGCCCUGCACCUCAGACAAAGGAGGCCAGAGACUGUCGGCCAAGAAAAUGCACACAGACUGCGCUGCCUUCUAACAAGUGCCUUUCUCUGCACAUUUUGCAGUAAAUAAUUUUUUUUUCCUUUGUUGUCGUUCCUGAAAGGAGAACUGCGUUAUUUAUAAAAUGCUCCAGACCAUGGACACAUUCACGUAACAGUGCGGUAUUUAUAUAAAACAACUUCCUUUUUGUUCAACCGACGAGCCAAACAGUCAAUUGAUCACCAAAAAGAGGGUUUUUUUUUUUUAAUUUAUUUUCUUUAAUUUUUUUUGUAUGUAAGUAAUAAGCCAAAGAAAAGAGGUCUGAACGAGAGUUGCAAUCACACCCUAAACCUGUGUACUAAGUAGUAUUAGUGUAUAUAGAAUAAGAAAAAAAAAAAGCACAUAUGAACAUCUUGCGGGGCUUCUGUCCAGUAUGGAGACAGGAUCCGGGACAUGAGAAAAGCCACAUCUUUGGGAUUUUAUAAUAAUUGGAGGACUUUUUUAAAUACUCUUUGCAAUACUGGAUAUCUCCCGUGUCUCAGUGUCCUGCUUUGCUGAGUGCCAGAGCUGUUCCGUGUAAAAGGGAGCAACUAAGUGAAGACAGUGUUUGUUCCAGCACUUUGGUAAAGUGAUCUCACCCCUUCUAUGCAUUGAUGUCGCAUUUCCCUUCAGUGUAGUGAGAGUAGCCAGAGUGUCAUAUAUAUAUACGCUGAAUUAUUUUCACGCUCAGAGCUUUAGUCCCCGUUUGUAGGUUCUGUCCCCACCAGACUUAUUCCUUGAUAUCAGACCAAGUGCCUUGAAAUGUAUUAAAAAGUAGCCAACAGCCCUGUGAGCUCAGAACUGGGAUGGCAUCGCACAUAUUCCGAUCAUAACACAAUAAUCUGGGUGCCUGGGUAUCUGUCCAUCUGGUGUGACAGACUAUGCAUGGCUGUUCCCUUUAAUAUUUACAGCAGACCCGUGCAGCCUGAGAACUGUCCGGGAGGACGGAUUGGGCCAUGCAGGAGAGCAAGCGUUCGCCCAUCAGCACCCAACAAACGGCAGUCGAAACCCGACACCCGAGCCAAGCUCACGGCAUUCGAUCAGUGACGAACAGCUUUUACAGCACACGAGCUUCUGUAAUCGGAGCACGACUCCAGAGAGGCUGCGAGGGCCCGGAUCGCACUGCCGUUGCGUCCAGGUUAAGGGCCAGCGGAGCGCUGUUAAUGGGACGGCCGCACGGGUCAGACCGGGGCCGCCCGCUCCGACACUCGCAGGCGCAUGCAGCUGCUCCUCUCAGGAUAAGCGCUGUGAAAUCCCCCGAUUCUCCCCGACCGCCUGUGCUGUCUGUAGGCCUGAGCCCAGAUUUCAUGGCUGUUGAAAGAUCCCUGUGAUCUGCAUCAUGCCUGGAUUACCCUGACAACACCCCCCACUAUUCCGCCCAUCCCAUAGCCACCACCCGCCCUUAAGCUACAAACAGCACCCAGCAAACUCCAGACUCCCAAAAACUCAAAAGGUCAAGGUAGUCUUGGGGGUUUAGGUUUCUUUUUUUUUUUUUUUUGCUACAUUAGUGAAUAAUGUAUGUCAGAUAUAAAUAUAUUUUAUACGGCACCCUGAAGCUUAUUUUUUAUACUGCCAAGAACAUGCUGGGCUUUUCUUAUUCAAUUUUUUAUCAAAGAGGGGAGUUUGUUGACCACUAGAGACGAUUACAACCUCAGUAGGUGAAUGUGAAGACUUAAGCCAUGAAUGCACUGUGAUAAGCCUAUUAACCUUCCCAGCCUUAGGUGACUAUACUGAACACGUUGUUCCAGGUGUUGGAGGCAACUGUAGUACUCCUCCUUCAUCUGACUUUCUUUUGUAGCAUGUCAUCAUAUCAAGGUGUUUCGUUUCUUUUCCUUUUUUGUCACAUUUCGAUCGUAUGACUCUUUUAAUCGAAGCAAAGUGAAACUGGUGCUUACCUCAGGACCCAACCCACCCAUCUCAGUAUGGGGACACCAAGCUUCAGCAGUUAGCACACACACACACACACACACACACACACACACACACACACACACACACACACCUACCUUCUGAAAGGAGAGGCCUUUUUGAACCUGUGGUUACUUCAUAAGUAUGAAAAUAUGUUCAUGUUGUCAACUUUUAUUCUUUUUUAAUUGUUAUGUAAUUAUUAACAAUGUUCCUUUCUGAGUAGCCUAUUCAACUGUUUUAUUUUCCUAUGUUCCUGAAAAAAUACUGUGGUCAGGUUGUAUGGUAAUUCACAUAGCUCAACUGCCAUACAAGGCAAAGGGAGUAAUUAAACUGCUUUCAUGCUAAAAGUU